AAUCGCCUCCAACAUCCGCCACAACAGCAGGGCUGACCUUGAGAGUCAAGGUGAGUCCAGGUCACGUGACGAGGAGGACGAGGGCGUGGCUUCAGGCGAUGAGGUGUUCGACACCAGUGUGCUCCAUGCAGCAGACGCGGAUAGCCCCGCCCACUUUUCUCUCCCGCCCGUGUUCAGCAAGGCGGGGCCUACAAGAGCCACGCCCAGGACCAAGCGGGUGGUGCCUAUGGUCAGCGAAAACACAUUUGUGACGUCAAAUUGCAAACCGUCUUUCGAUGACGAAGACGACGGAUCGGACAAUGACGCCACAAACAGGACGGGUAGCGGUGACGUAAACAGCCGUGACGCCAGAGGGACACCAGAGCCAUCCAGCCGCAAGUUCUUGACCUCGAGGUCAAGGUCAUCAGGCGAGAAGGUCACCAGGCUGCCGGAGGUCAGACGUGGGUGCAGCCUAGUGGGUCAAGUAUUGGAGGAAGACGAUGUUGAUGAGGAUGAUGAUGGUUUGGAGGACGAAAAGGAGGAGAAUUUCGAUGAUGGUGAUGAUGGUGAUGAUAAUGAGGGCAAGGCUGACGUCAGCCACAGACAUCAGGUGAGGCGUGAGACGUUGAAGACACGGAGGAGGCCAGGCCAGUCUUCAACAUCACGUGGUGCGGACGAGAGAGCCAUGAGAGACCAGCCUCAUGACCUUGAGAUGACGUCACGAUCCGACCCCGGAACAAAUCACCACGUGACCUUGGAGUCCGAACUGACAGGAGCCUCUCUCCAUAUUGACGAGGAUUAUGUGCCUAUGAGUGUGACUAUCAAGAAACUAACAGAGGCAGAUCUACACGACCGUGGUUUUAGCCGCUACCAGGACUACAGCGAUGUGCUUUCAGACUCACUCUCAGGCUCCCUGGGCGUAUCACGAGACACCAGCCUCGCGGACAGCGAAGAGGGAGGGGAUUCCCCUUCUUCCUUCAUGGCGCGGCUCCGCGAAGCCAGCUGGUGUGAAUGUCCGCAGUCCGACUCGGACAGUGGUCAGUGCAGGGAGUGCCGGGGCAGCGGUGGCCACGAGAACUGGUGUGUCUCCGCGGGGAGUGUCUGUCAUGGAUGCCGGAAGCCGAUCAAGAAGGUUAAAGGACAUGCGCACAUGAGGAGGAGGAGGUCGACUAAAUCUUUGGAGGAUCCGGCGUCUCGCAGAAGCCCCGACACCAUGAUAGCCACCCUGAAGGGGAACAAAAGCCUUCACGACCAGCGAGGCUGCUCCGCGAAGCAGAAGGAGCGGAAGCGGAAGAACAAAGGAAGAGGCGGGAAGAAAUCGAGAGAAGCAGACGACGACGACGAGAUGGAGCAGCGCGUACGCUUCAACGAUACCGUACAGCAGGUAUCGCCGGACAAUAGAAAGCGACUACCCAAAACGGCGCUGGAUUACGAAAACCUUCGCAAUUACGACCACGUCAGAUCACCGGAGACUUCUUAUUAUAAUAAACAAUCGAGAGGGAAGAAAGGAGAGGGGGACGGUUGGGCAACUAUGGUAGAGAGAGACUUGGACGAAGAAGAAGCAAACCGUAGUAAGAAGGUGCGAGAGCGGCCGAAAUCACUGGACGACUAUCGUAUACCAGGGGUUGGCGUGAACGUUCACCGUGCCGCCUACAUUCUGGCUCUGCAAGACGCUCGCAUUCGGAACUCGUCCAAAAAGAACAACAACAGCAAGAAGAAGAAGCGAGGCGGGAAGAAAGGGGGAGAAGCGACGACGGACUACCCCGGCACCGUGUUCUCUUACUUCCCCUUGCUGCGCAAGCCCGUGUCGGAGUCGGAGUCGACGGCGCAGAGCAGCAGCAGCUCCACUCUCGGCCUCAGGCAGGCUGAAGGGUCAAAGGUUAAACUGAAGAACGCCAUGAAGCAUAUUUUCGGAAGCGUCAAAAUGGCGGACUACUACCCUGGCGGAAGUCGAUGGAGGAAAUUGGCGUAGGGCUUACGAACUUGACAAUUUGGGUAAAAAAAGAAUAACUAUAUGUAUAUAUUUAUUGUUUCGUUCAUUCGAAGUCACAGGAGGAAAUUGGCGUAGGGCAAAGGAACCUGACAAAUGGGUAAAGAAAAGAAUAGUUAUAUAUAUAAAUUAUUAUAUAUUUAUUGUUUCGUUCUUUAAAAAAAACACCCAUACAAUGGCAUAACAUGAUAUGAAAGGACAGUAUUAGAGCAUGUUGUAAACCCCACAGAGCUUGCUUUCCAGAAGGGAUAUGCACUACAUAAUAUAUCCAUCAUCAUCAUCAUCAUCAUCAUCAUCAUCAUCAUCAUCAUCAUCAUCAUCAUCAUCAUCAUCAUCAUCAUCAUCAUCAUCAUCAUUAGAUCUGAAACGGACAUCGGUGAUUUUGGUUCGCCGUUCAUGGUUGCUCUAAAAAAAACCCUAGAUCUGUAUUAUUUGUUAUAAAACUGAUCUGUCCCUAUCCCACAUUUGUUCAUGUUUCCCAAGUAAGUUGCUCUGGGUUUACUUUACCCCUGCUAAAUUUGUCUUCUAUUUUUCUAAUGAAAAUAAGAUGUUCAAGGUCUGACAUAAA